AAGUUUUCAGAAUGACUUCCUUGGUUGACGUGCCCCUGAAUUAUGAAAAGAUGUUUGCUCAUCGAUUCACAUCAGAUGAUGAAGAAUUCCAAGAAUAUCUGAAACGCCCUGCAGAUCCCCCUCCUAUAGUUGAAGAAUGGAGAAACAGAUCUGGUGGCAACCAGAGAAACAGAGAUCGGUUUCAAGAUGGUAGAUAUUUUAGAGGGGACAGAUACAACUGGCAAGGUGACUAUAGAUCUAAUCAGAGGCCAGAAAGAAGUUGGGGUAAUAACUACCAGCAGCACAGACAAGGACAAUCGUACUCCUCCCACUACGGACAAUAUGGCUACAACUCCUACAACCCAGGGCCUCGUUACCACCCCUACUGAUGAUAUUUGUGGUUUAAAAGUCCAGUAAUGCUAUGUAACAAAUUCAGUUAGACUUCAGUUUUCUUAUUUUUCCACAGUCUUACAGAAACUGAAGAAUCAGUAUUACAGUCCAUUGCUGUUUAUCUGUAGUGUGAAUUGAAAAAGGGAAUACCUUUUACGAAUAAUAAAAGCAUAUUAUACGGAGUUUGUUUAGAGUCUGUAGAUCUUAGAUUAAAUUUCUAUCUCAUUCUUUUGUCUGAAUACAUACCAGUACACUUUUCUUUCAUCACUGAGAUUUCUCUCUAUUACAUUUUAGAAAAUGACAGGUCAGGGGAAAACAGCCAUGGUUGCGUGCAGCCUGUAGCAGUGGCACAUUGCCUUAGAUAGUUCUCUUUGAAAGUGACAUACUGUGUCUUUCUCUGGAGAGAAUUUCUUAGUUUGGCUUUUGAUAGUGAGAAAAGCUCAGUUUGGUUUGAAUUUCAGAUGCCUUAAAACUGAGAAGAGAGAUGCUAUUACAGAAAUAUUUUAUGGGGUCGGC